CGGACCGCGCCAGGGCAGAUCCACGCCGGUCGCACACUCGAACCUCGAUAGCACAACUCAACACUCAGGAGUCUGACAACCUGAUCACUGUCCAGUUGUCCGGUGGUUCAGCCGAAUCAGCCGUCGUCCAGACUCCAGACGAAUUCGCCGGUCUUCAGAAGGAGAAGGUCUCUAUGAAUGAGAGAAGUGAUCAAACCUCCUCUAACAGCUCCAAAAUGAAGAAGGAUGGUGUAAUAUUUGAGUUCUGUGAGGUGUGCAACCUCAAUCAUAAUCAAGACAGUCGUCACAAAUACUUUCCCAGUCACGUCAAUUCACUAUCCUCUAUCAUCUCUCGAUUCCAUAAGAAGCUCUCCAACAUCCGCUCAUACCUGAAGAGUCCUGUCCCCCAUGGUUCCGAGAAUCGUGUUUGGUGCGUGUUCUGCAAUUGCGAUAUUGAAGAACUCCCCAGCUUCUUUGCCUUUGGCACUGCAAUUCAUCAUCUGGCGAGUGCGAGUCAUCUGAAGAACACCAAGAAUUUUUUGUGGAAACAUGGUGGUAAGAUGGAUAAGGUGGAUUCAUUGAGGAUUUUGGAAGCAGACGUAGUAAAGUGGGAGAAGAAGUGCAGAUUACUUAAAAGUGAUGGUGCAAAUGAAACGACUCAUGGAUCUCUGAAUGAUAUCCACAAUGAAUUCAACUCUAAAUGUAUAGAUACUUUCAAUCAAAAUAUUAAUCAGUCAAUUAAUUCUAGUUAUAUGAAUGUUGUUGAAUGUGUUAAGCAAGACUUUGGAAGCAUUGACAUACUUGUUCAUUCACUUGCCAAUGGACCAGAGGUCAGUAAACCUCUACUAGAGACAUCUAGAAAUGGGUAUCUAACAGCUAUCUCGGCGUCUAGUUAUGCCUUUGUAUCACUACUUAGGCAUUUUCUCCCGAUAAUAAAUUCAGGUGGUUCUACAAUUUCCUUAACAUACAUUGCUUCUGAAAGAAUAAUUCCAGGAUAUGGAGGAGGGAUAAGUUCUGCAAAAGCUGCACUUGAGAGUGACACAAAAGUACUCGCUUUUGAGGCAGGGCGAAAGAGCAAAAUCCGGGUCAAUACAAUGUCUGCAGGCCCACUAAGAAGUCGUGCUGCCAAAGCUAUUGGUUUCAUUGAAAUGAUGAUUGACUACUCAGUAAAGAAUGCACCCUUUGCAAAAGAAUUGUCUGCAGAUGAAGUUGGGAAUGCAGCAGCUUUCCUUGCAUCACCUUUGGCUUCAGCAAUAACUGGCAGUGUUCUUUACGUGGACAAUGGCUUGAACGCUAUGGGAGUUGGAGUCGACAGCCCGGUUUUCACCAAUCUUGAUAUUCCAACUGGUAACUAGAUUACUCACUAAUACACCAAUUCAGUCUAAUCGGCUAUUAUGAAGAGAUAAGAGUGACAAUUGAGCAUCGUUUCUUUUUUAGUUAUCUGUCACGCUUUACAUCUAGGUUCUGUCUCAAAUGGACUAUCAAUUGGGAAAUGCCAUUCUACAAUUAAUAAUCUUUUGGCUAUUUUAAGACAUUCUCUUGUGCUUGUCUUGUUCAUCCUAUAGAGAAUUUGCUUAACAAUGCAUGUCUUUAAGAUAGAU